UUGGAGGAAGGCAGGAAGCAUCGCAGAAGGUGCCGAUUACGACGACCUUUCGAACCUUUAUCUCGCCAUUUCUCUCUCCGCGUCUUCCUGGAUCUCCUAGGCAUCAACGUCCAAGGCCCCUGUCGCCUUCGACGAGCGAGUUCCUCGACCAACCUGAUUGGCGUGUUUUUCGCCUAAAACGAGGUGGAUGUUCAUCUAAAAAGUUCAAUCUUUUCUUGUUUAUUAUUCCGAGAUUUCGUUUUGAUUGCGAUAGUUUCCGCAUUCCCUCAAUCUGGUUUUCUUGGUUGGUUUUCUGCUCAAAGAUUGGAUCUUUAUGGCUCUUUAGCGCCGGUGUUACUGCGAUGGAGCUCGUUGCUGACGACGCGAUGGCGGAGGGGGAAGAUGUGGAGGCGGAACCCUCCUUGGAGCCACUCGUGAGCGAGCCUCGGCACUUCCCCCAUUUCCCCGGCGCGGUGCGGCAAAAAGCCUAUCUUUUCGAUGGAUUGGGCAGCUACUUCAACAAGGAAUGGGAUUUGAAGGAAGGCCAUGGGCGAGAGUUCUGUUGGUAUCAGUUGGAACUCCCAAAGGGGAACCAGAAGUUGGCUGUCUCUGCACAGUAUCUCAUCGAUGUUCUAUGCCCCCCGUUGAAGCUCCAAGACAUUUUAACUCUAAUCAGCAACGGUCCCUUCUGCGGAUACGUUGACGGUGCUCUCGUCUUCCGAGUGAAUUCUCCCGGUCCAGCGGCGAGUAGUUUCACAAUGAGGCUGGCUGUCAGGGUCACUGAGAACUCUGUCAUAACGGUGAGCCUCGGACGGGUUCCAAGAUUGGGCUUUUCGCCCACCGGGCAGUCGCUUCUGUCGGAGAUCCCGAGUGUGGAAGGCCCAGGUUUAGCAAGAAAAGAGGAUGGACGCAGCGGCAUUGUCAUUCGGGAGCAUGUUCUUGAAUUUUUGUUGACAAUGAACCACUCAGAAGAGGCAGAUAAUCCGGUUCCUCACAGAGUUUCUAACCUUGUUGUGCACAUUAUCGACACGCAUGUCGACCAUGUCCAAGACAUCGUGACGAAGCUUGAGAUGGAAUUGGAUUCAGUGGAGCUAGAACUAGACAAGGGUGGCUCUGCAUUGAAGAAGCAAAUGUUGGACGAUCGAAGAUUUCCCAAAAUGCAUUUGAACAUACAGCGCCUACUACAAGUCGUAUCACAUGGUGAACAAGUAUUUCCGCGUGUGAAGGAAAAAUGUUCAACCAAAAGCUGGUUUGCAAAUGAAGAUAUUGUCGCGCUUGAAGAACUAAUAGGACGUCUAAGGAGGUUAAAAGAGAAUUUGGGAUUUAUAGUAAAUCGGGUCACUGCAAUUCAAGCUGGUCUCGAUAGCUGGCAGUCUGAACAAAUAAAUCGGAAGCUAUAUUAUCUUUCCUUCCUUUCUAUGAUCUUUCUUCCUUUAUCUAUAGUGACAGGAAUAUUCGGAAUGAACGUUGGUGGUGUGCCAUGGACAGCCCAGAAAUAUCCCGGGCUGGAAGAUGGAUUUCGGAAUGUCUUGAUCCUCUGUGGCUCGAUUGUGCUUCUGAUUCUAAUCGUCGUUUCUUUUCCUUUGCUUUACGCGAGGAUAACUUCUUGGCAAAGGCGGCAUGCCAUGAGGAGGAGUUGGUCGAUAAAUAGGAAGUCGUUCUUGAGUCGGACAUUUUCACGCAGCGGGCUACAAGACAGAGGUUAUAUGCCCAUAUGAAAGUUCAUAUGUCUAGGAGUUUCAAGGAAGAAGGUUACAUCACCACGAGAUUCAAGUUUCUGAAUACGAUCCAUGCCGACUGCCCCUAGUCUUUCAAGUCCUUUUUUGUCAGUUUCACUGGAUAGAACAACGAUAUCAUCAGAAGGCUAUUGGAUCAGGGCACGGUACAUCCACGACAUUCCUAAACCAUUUCAGUUCUACUUUCUAGCACAUUCUUAGUACUGACAAAUGAAAGCAGGAAAUCUAAUUCCAGAGAUUUUCAGUAUUGAAUUUGUUAUGUAUCUAGAGUAGAGAAAAACAUUUUUAUUUGUCAUCUUUUUGUGUGGGAGCAAUGAGAUCAAUCCCAUUCAUUUGUUGUAAUGAGAGUGUUCUUUGUUUUUUUGAAUAUGAUGAUGUAACCAUUUUUUAUAGAGGAAUUUAUCUAUUUUAUUUACUCGAUUGAA